ACAGAACAUCAUUGGCAGCAACAUCACGCACACAGCGCUUGCGACAGUCAGGUGGGGGCGCAAACAGAUAAAUCGGGAGGCUGCGAGAGCCAUCGCGGACGCCGGCACCAGUCGUAGAUAAGCGAUCACCCGAUCCACACGCUUCUCCAAUCCCAGUUAGAAACCCACCACCUUACAAAAUGUGGGACGAUGCUGAUAUCGAAGAAUCCGCAGCGCCCGAGCCCCCGCCGGAAGAGGCUCCCGCCGAGGCCGCCGAGGAGGCCAAGCCCGAGGAAGCCGAGCCGCCGGCACCAGAGCCUGUCGUCGUAACAGAGCCUACGAAACUAAUAUUCAAACACUGGGUCAGACCCAAGUUCCUGCAAUACAAUUACAUGUACGACUACCGACAUAACUACUACGAUGACGUGAUCAACUACCUGGACCGACGGAAUAAGGGCAUAGUGACUGAGAAACCGCGCGCGCAGACGUGGGGCGAGCGUGCGCUGCGCACCUAUAUCGCAAAGGACGCCAGCUACCGCGCGCGCCAGGCCAGCCGCGACACCGCGCUGCUGCGCGCCGUCUCCACGGGCGCGCGCUUCCAUCGCUACCACACCAAAUCCAUAAUCUCGAGGAAGUAUUCUAAACUCGGCUUUAACACCGUCUCCAUCUAGCUUCGCUCUAACACCUUCGCUUGGCGUCGCUCCGUGGACUCCUCCCCGGCUCCCGCGUGACCUUUGUGGUACUGUUACAGGAUUUCCUUGUCGUGACGGAGCUGCACAAGAACCCGCGCGAGCGGUGCAACCAACCUCUAGAGUAACCAAACUCCGCUCGGAAGCUGUCCGCAUUCCUAUCUCUAAUAUGUCUCUAAAUAAGGCAAUAAAUAUUUAAGUUUUA